AUUUUGCAUCUCCCUUCAUUUUGCACAACUUCACGCAUACGCAAAAGGGCUAAAAACGUCAAAACAUAAAUACGCCUGACGGCCAGACGUCAGUCGAGUGUAAAAAAAUCGGAAAAAUAUUUUUGUGAGACUGCGAAGUAAAAAAAAACUGUUUUGUGCAUAGAGAGUUUGUACGGAACCGGAAACCGGCGAUGAACCCAUCGUUCCCUACGCACCAUCACCAUCAUCAGCCCACGUUGUACCACAACCUGGUUCCGGCGCAGCACUUGCCACCCCCUCAUCAGCUACCGCAGCCGCUGCAGGUGCAGGUCCCUCCGACACAGGUCACUUCCGUCGACGCGGAUGCAACCAACGACAGCAGCGGCACGUCCCUAACCAAGGCUCAGCGUCGUCUGCUGGGAGAGAGUGAAGCGGCCAGGGCAAAAAGGUUGGCCAAGAACGCCGAAAGGAUGCGCCAGAAGCGGUCCAACGAAACGUACGAGGAGUACAAGAUCCGGUUGGCGAAGAAUGCCGAAGCGAACCGGAGGAGGCGGGCGAAUGAGACGGAAGCGGAACGCGCCCUGCGCCACAUGAGGAACGCCAUGAGACAGAGACUGAGACGGGCCAUGGAGACGCCCGAGCAGAAAGCGAUCCGGAAGGCUCGGUUGGCCCAGCGGAUGCGGGAAAUACGGGCAAAUGAAACACCCGAACAGAGAAAGGUGCGGCUGGAGAAGGGAGCGGCCCGGGCGCGGCACAAAUUCCUCACCGAAUCGUCGGAGGAACGAGCGGAACGUAACCGAAAAAAGGCAGAGUACGCGAGGGCCUUUCGAAGCGUUAAGGGGAAGAAUCCACCCGGUCAAAAUGAAGAUCUGGGAAAGAACUCCGCGGCGGUUCAAAUGGACAUCAAAGUGGAGCAACCGCCGGUUCCGCCACAGAACGCCACACACCAACUGCAGCACAACCUAGUCCCACAACCGGCGGAACUGCAUCCGCCUCCGGCCGGCGGCCGAGAACCUAACUAUCCUAUCAAUUACACCGAGUUCGGUGCCGCAUUUCCCACGUUCUUCAACUAUCCCCAUCUCAAGAAUGGCCAGCAGAACGCGUACAAUUACCCGUCGCAACCGUACUACCCGGACCUGUCCGUGCCGACGCCCUACAUGAAGACCAACGAGCAACGGCCCGGCUUUUCCGCCCCAAAAGAAAACGACAAGAACUGA